AUGGCUUUUGAUGGUACUUGGAAGAUAGACCGGAAUGAGAACUACGACAAGUUCAUGGAAAAAAUGGGUGUUAAUAUGGUGAAAAGGAAGCUUGCAGCUCAUGACAAUCUGAAACUGACAAUCACACAAGAAGGAAAUAAAUUCACGGUCAAAGAAUCCAGCAAUUUUCGUAACAUUGAUAUUGUUUUUGAGCUUGGUGUCACUUUUAAUUACAGCCUAGCAGAUGGAACUGAACUCAGUGGUGCUUGGAGCCUAGAGGGAAAUAAACUUGUUGGAAAAUUCAAACGGGUAGACAAUGGAUGUGAACUGAAUGCUAUCCGAGAAAUUGUAGGUGGUGAACUGGUCCAGACUUACACAUAUGAAGGAGUAGAAGCCAAGAGGAUCUUCAAAAAGGAAUGAGCUUCAUUUUUGGAGCACAGCCC